UUCCUCGUGUGCAGCACAUACGAAGAUCAAGCUACAAACUGUUUAAUUUUCCGAGUGCCAUACAUGAAUGUUCUGAAUCUAUGCUUUCUUCUGUUCUUCCAAAUGUUGCAGGUAAUGGGAAGAAACGUAGCAGUUACUUAUGUUCCAAGAAUAGAGCUAUCAUAGCACAAAAGACCAACGUUCUUUGCAAUUGCAUCGGGCGUAACCUUGAGGAACUCUUCACAGUCAGAGCUAAAGGAAUGAUAUACUUGUUCAUAUAUUUCAGAAAACUCUCACUGGUGUAAAUCAUUACCAAGUAUCGACCCAAUCAUGGCCAGAAGGUCUUGUUUGGUUGUACAUUACUUCACAGUCAGAGCUAAAGGAAUGAUAUAUUUGUUUUAUUGGUGCUGUAAUUUUUGAUACAAUGUAUCGACCCAAUCAUUACCAAGUCCCCUUUGCUUCUUUCACUGGUGUAAAUUGUUUGGUUGUGCAUUACUUCUAGAUGAAUCUGAGUCUUCCUUUACAUGGCUGUUUUGGACAUGGCUUUCUGCCAUGAAUGAACGGCCUCCUGUCUCUAUAACUACAGACCAAGACAGAGCCAUAAAAGUAGCAGUUGCUCAGGUAUUUCCAGAAAUGCGGUAUAUGCAAGUGGCAUAUUUUAAGAGAAGGUCAUGAAAGAGUGGCUCUUAUAUAUCUUGGUCAUCCUUCCUUCUACGGAGAGAUAUAUAGUUGCAUCAACUUUUCAGAGACAAUUGAGGAUUUCGAAUCAUCAUGGGCAUCCCUUCUUGAUAGGUACGAUCUACUGAGAAACGACUGGCUACAGGCUGUGUAUAAUGCUCGAAAGCAAUGGGCCCCGGUCUAUGUUCAUGGAACUUUCUGUGCUGCAAUUUCCUCAAACCAAGGUGUUAGUAUUUUUUUCCGAUGGCUAUGUGAAUCAACAGACAAGUAUACCUCUGUUAUUUAAGCAGUAUGAAAGGGCUCUUGAGCAUUCAUUAGAAAAAGAAAUAGAAGCAGAUUAUGAUACAAUAUGCACUGCUCCUGUACUGAAGACACCUUCACCAAUGGAACAGCAGGCAGCUAACUUGUAUACCAAAAAAGUUUUUGCAAAGUUUCAAGAGGAAUUGGUUGAAACUUUUGUUUAUACUGCAAAUAAGAUUGAGGGUGAUGGGAUAGUCCGUAAAUACAGGGUUGCAAAAUAUGAACAUGAUGACAAGGCGUAUAUAGUCAUAUUAAAUUUCUCCGGAAUAAAAGCAAGCUGCAGCUGUCAAAUGUUUGAAUAUUCAGGCAUCCUGUGUAGACAUAUUUUAACUGUCUUCACAGUAACAAAUGUUCUUACCCUUCCAUCACAUUACAUAUUGAAGCGAUGGACAAGAAAUGCUAAAUCCUGUGUUGGACUAGAUGAACAGAGUUCAGAUCUGCAAGGUAUUGAGACAUUGGCCAUGCGCUUUAACAAUUUAUGUCGGGAAGCCAUUAAGUAUGCAGAGGAAGGGGCAGUUGCUGUAGAGACUUACAAUGCAGCAAUGAGUGCUCUACAAGAGCUACAAGAUUAUGGGAAAAAUCCUGCAGGGGAGAAAGAGGUACAAUUUAGGCUAACAAGGGUUACACUAGAGCCUAUGUUAAGAUUGAUGGCCUAUGUCAGUCAGCAGCUCUCUGCACCAGCCAACAGAGUUGCUGUCAUCAAUUUGAAGCUUCAAGAUACAAAGACAACUUCUGGAGAAACGGAGGUCAAGUUUCAAGUUUCCAGAGAUACACUAGGUUCCAUGUUGAGAUCAAUGGCUUAGCAGCUAUGACAAAUGGAACUAGGAAGGUGGAGUAUUCUGCUAUGACAUCUAACUGCUGUAGAAACUAUUAUCUGCUCUCAAGCUUCCAUCUCUCUCUUUGAUGCUGAAAUUUUCUAAUGGUUGAAGGGUAAAGAUUUCCGUUGAAGCUUGAAGUUCAAAAAAUAAAAAAUAAAAGUAAAAUAAAAGGAUGUGGUCAACUCUCAGUGUCGAGACCUUGAUUCACAACCCAAUAAUGUGAGAAUCAAGGAUGGUGGUUGGUCUUACAACCUACCCAGGCUUAGUCUGGAGUAUCAUUGCUGGCUAGGUUGGUUGCGGUCAUUAUUAGUACCUAGGAGCCUCUAUGAGUGCUCACCCCUCUACGAGUCUAACCUGAGUGUCUUUGUGCUGCUGCAGCUCCUCAGCGUUUUUGUACCUUUCAGACGAUCUUGAUAUCUUCAAAACCACACUAGGAUACUUUAGCAACUUAGCAUUUACAUACUGUUUUGUACUUAAUUGUACUGAUUCUGUAUGAAGUAAAUUUUGGGAGAAAUGGAUUUGUUCCUUCUUGGUACAAGUGUUAUAAUUGGUGACUAUACCAUGAUUCUGUGUUGAAAACAGAGAGGUUCAUUCAGAUGCGAAGUAUAUAAACGAGUCAUUUCAUCUGCUUUGAAGUUGCCUUCGCCAAAGCUUCGAA